AUGAACUGGGCUACCGUUGCACCCGAAACCCGCCUUUACAAGGGCAAAAAUCUCUUCCGCUGGGACGAUUCCCCAGGUCUUGAACACCAUUGUGGAAUAUGCCAGACUCCGCUCCAUAAUAGUCGAGCAAAGACAUCUUGCAUUGGAAAACAUGUAGAACCCUGCUAUCGAUUCCACCAGCAACUUCACUUCAAUGGCAAGUCUCACGAAUGCUUCGGAUGCAAUUCUUCUGACGAAAUGCACCACAACCGGCACAAAGAAAUCCUGCGAAUCACCCGCCAGAUAACGGCGCUCGACGAGGCUUCUAGCUCAUCAUUCAAAAAGCUCAAAGCGCGCAAGGAAUCUUUUUGGGAUUCCUACAUAACAACGAACACGAGUACAAUCACCGAUACAAGCUCGGAAACAUUUUCAAUAGAGCAGAAGGUCACAAGGAAAGAGAGGAAGAAAGCGAAGAAAUCCGGAAAUGGUACCUCGAAGGACCGGCGAAGCGUCGAAGCAUUUCCGCAAGAAGAGGUGGACUUCAUCAGCGAAGCAAUUCACUCGACGAUCCAUGAAAGCAAAGGAGCCUGGGAAGGAACGUACAACUAUACCAAGUCAGAUUCUCUUCUAUUACCUGACAACAACUCGAGUGUCGAAGAAGAGGCUACCGAAGAUGAAGACCUCGACGUGUUGACCAAGAAAAGCGACUCGCUUAGUGUUAAAGCACCGUACGACAUGACCCCGCGUCAACGCAAGAUCAUCAAGACAUUCCACACUCCAAUCAACCAUUCGAGCUUUGGUGGCGGUUCUAGAAAGUACACACCCAACAGAGGCAUGGGUUCCGACUUAUUUGAUGGCGUCGAUCCUCUGAUCUUUUUCCGUCUCAACGUAGAAGUUGUCAACCCUCUCGUCAGCUCCAAGGCUCGCAAAGACUUGGUUACGAAGCUUGUCGCAGCCGUCAAAGAAGAUAUAAACAUCAUCUUCCGAGAGGAUAAAGAAACCGCUAUGAGAGAAGAGGGCUUCUGGAGGUGGGCCGGCAAACCGGCUUACGAUUAUAUCAAGAACACAAGAGAGGAUUUUGAUUGGGCUACUGGACAGAAGAAGGGUUCAUCGAGAAGAGAGGACCUCGCAGACGAAGAAAUGUCAAUAGCUGAAGAAUUCGAAGGUAUCAAAAUAGUGGUUGAACCUACACCGCUUCUUCCCCAAAGACUCCCACCAGUCGAGGACUUCUAUGCCGCGAAAACACCAACGCCGCAAACACCCAAGAAAGCCAAACGCAGGGUCCAACCGACUCCGAACCCCCUCCUUGACGAAGAGGAGAAUGAAAAUGCAACAGAAGUCAGGUUCGGUAAGACGUUUGCUUCCGUUGUCAAAGUCCUGGCGCCGGAACCAAAACCCGUCAUUAGUUUCCCGAAAGAGGACGCUGCCUUGGGAUGGGCGACUGUGAGUCGUCACAAGAAGAGCAACAGCAAGUCUUCUGGUAGCACGGCGGGUCACACACGUGCGACCAGCAGAACGAUUACAGUCAGAUAG